AUGGCAUCUAUCGGCUGGCUACGUGCGUCUAAAUCAUCGCCUGAAGGGAACGCGACCAUACAACUGGACGAGCAGUCUAUACACAAGCAGUGGGACAGUUCUAUCUGGGAAAAUCGAGAGUCAAGACAUGAUGCGCGGAUCGAGCCGGGUGCUCCAGCCGAUGCGCGGUUGUACCAUAUCUUGCGCCCGCGUCCUGCGCCGGAAACGGAAAGCGGAGGCAACCACCCCCAGAAAAAAAAGUCGCCAACCUCCCAACUUCCUUACCUGAUGCACACGUGUCUCUGCUCUGUCAUCUACAUUGUACCACUGUGUAUUGUUGAGCAAGCGAAUGCACGAUACCCCCGGACCAGUACUCCUCACUGCGCCUCUACGACGUGCUCGCCCACCGGAUGCACCGCGACUUCUCCCGACGCUUCCCUGCUUCUGCGACCUCUCUUGCACUUCCUUCCCUCCAUCUUGACACCACGUCGCGCUUUGGCUUUUAUUUUAUCGUGA